AUGCGGAGCCGGGCCCCCUCUCCACUCUCGGCUGGCAUAGUGCAGCAGAGGCUCCAUUCUGGGAGCGACCACCUCACGUCUGUGCUGCCGGGAGGAGGGAGCGAGGGACCGCAAAUAGUCCACUGGAGGCGAGGCGGGCUGGACCGGCAUCGCCAAAUGAAUCCUGACCACAGCCAAUGCGGUCAGAUGCGGGAAACGAUCCAGGGGAUAGCGCUCACGGGAGAGCUUAGUCCUCCCACUCCCACACUGGGCAUCCUCAUCGCAGCAACCCAGUGGGGAAUUAUGGAGAAGAUGAUCACCCUCCUGGAACUAUUUAAGCAGCUAACCAGGGACAUCAGCUCUGCAGAGGCCACUGCUGCAGAUGUCAUCCCUGGUGUGGCGUCCCUGACCCGGCUGCUUGCCAAGAUGGAUGAAUCCGACAAAGACCGAUAUUUUGAUCCGGACAAGAAGAAGGAAGCACGGAAUAUGCUACUGAAAGUUGUGGAUGAAAUGGCCAGUGUGGGCAAUGAUCAGCAAGAAGAUGCUGCUGGUGCCAGUGUAGAUGAUCCAAGCCAGGAGGACCGGGACCCCCCACCUAAGAGGGCCCGAACUGGGAGCCUGCAGGACAUGUACCAAGAAAUCCUCACAGAGAAUGAUGAACAAGCAACUACAGGCAACUACAGGCGAAACAGCAUCACAGGACCUCAAGUGGGAGCCGACCAUCAGCUCCUCAUCAAGAAGGCCCAGCAGAGGAUGUACUUCCUGCGGCAGCUCAGGAAAGCCAAGCUGCAGUUCUACACGGCCAUCAUCGAGUCCAUCCUCACCUCCUCCAUCACCUCCUCCAUCACCUCCUCCAUCACCUCCUCCAUCACCUCCAUCACCUCCUCCAUCACCUCCUCCAACACCUCCUCCCUCACCUCCUCCAUCACCUCCUCCAUCACCUCCUCCAACACCUCCUCCAUCACCUCCUCCAUCACCUCCUCAUCACCUCCUCCAUCACCUCCUCCAUCACCUCCUCCAUCACCUCCUCCACCCUGCACAUGGACUAUUCCAACCACUCCCCUCAGGCAGGAGGCUGCGGUCCAUCAGGACUAG